AUGGCCAAGAGGGACAACAAGGUCAUCAUGGAGGUCAGGGCCAGCAGAGCCACCAUGGAGGACAAGGCAGUCAAAGCCAACAAGGACAACAAGGUCAUCAUGGCCAAAGUGGACAACAGGGUCAUCAUGGAGGUCAUGGCCAAAGUGGACAACAGGGUCAUCAUGGAGGUCAUGGCCAAGAGGGUCACCAUGGUCAAGGUAAGGACUGAGUUCAUGCAUAAAAUAUAGGUUCUAUAGUAGGAUGAAAAAAACAAACAUCAUAGUGUACUAUCUUAAGUGAAUACUAAAAGUGGUGUUAAAAGUAACACUCACAACAAAAAAGUUGAUUGAAGGCACAUCAAUAAUAAGGUUGAUUAGCAAUCUUCCCCAUGUAUAAGAGCAUAUAGGAGAGAAGAAAAUAAGAUGAUAAGUGCAGGCUGUUAUUGACCUGGUGAAGCACUAAAUGAUAACACACUUACAAGAUUGCAGAGGUUUAUAGGCAUAUCAUAUCACAGGUUGCCAAGGAGUUCAGAUGAAGUCCGCCAGAACAUUCAAAUGUAAAUAAGCAAGAAAUCCUUGUAGCUUAAAAAAUGUAUUAAAUAACACAAAUAAAACAGAAAAUAAAAACAAAAUACUCUCCUACAUAAAGUCCCAACCCUACGCAUUUCGUCUGACUAUUCAGACUUCCUCAGGGGUAAAAUGAAGAUUGGUCUCCUGUGUAGAAUCUCUUUGCCGCCCGGCUCGGUAUUUAAAUCCAUUAAGCUCCUCCUCCGGAUGCCAUCAGCUCAUCCGUAUAGGGGGAAUACAGCUGACGCUUAUUUUCUUCAGUGUGUAUUCCAAGCCUAGUUUCUGACCGCAUUAGCGGUCAUGUGAGCGUUCCACUGAGUCUAUCUGCGUUCCAAAGGGAGACCGGAAGGUGAACGCUUGUGUUUCAACAAAAGAGCGUUCCAAAUUGGGUACUAAGCUUGUCAACUCAAAAGGAUCACAAAGUGUCCAUCGUGCCAUACAUAGAUAAAAAAUAAAGAAAGAUAGAAAGAACAUGUAUCAUGAUCUUAAUUGCCAUAAAGUAUACACUUAGUUACAAAUAAUUGAAUAAAAUAAAAAAAAUUAAAAAAUUAAAAAAUAUAUAUAUAUAUGAAAAAAAUAAUAAUAAUGAUGAUGAAAAACAUAUAAUUAAAUUAAAAACGAAUAAAGCGUAUAGAUUCUUCCAAGUAAUUCUAUACAUAUUCUUAUCAAUAACAGUAAAAGAAAAAUACAAACCUAAUCAUACAAAUAAUAAAAAGCAACAAAAAAACAUUAAGAAGUGAAUAAAUAAUCUUCUCAAAAUAGUUUAAUAUCUAUAUACAUAACAGGAUUUGUAAUAAGUGAGUUCAAGCUGAUAGAAGUGAACUUCCAGAGACAGGAUUCAGCAUUUCUUUGUAUUUUAAUGAGCAAACAAUACAGAGUGUGCAGAUAUAUUUUUAAAUAAGUAAAAUAAUGUUUUAAUGAGAACAUAUCAAUAACAUCAAGACAAACAAUUGUGUGUAUAUAUAUGUGUGUUUUUAUCUAACUCCAAUAACUUAUUUAGUUAGUUUAAGCAACAUAAUCACUACAUGUCAUUGUAUGGAUUAUAGUGCUCUUAGGUCUAACACAGGCUUGUGGGAAUUGUUAAUUUUGAAUGUUCCACUUCCAUGUUAUUGUAGACCUUUAAAAAUGAAAUGCGACUACCUCACCCAACUGGCAGCAUUGGGCAUAACCCAAAGUGCACAUUUAAAGCAACACACAACGGAAAAAAAAAAAAGAAUAGGAUGUGCAAUGAAAUACUCAUAUUCAAGAAGCUAAUCUCUGCCAAAAUAUUGAAAAAUAUUCUCUCAGAAAACUCAUUCAUACUGCUUUCCAAGUAUAUGCAUACAAUUUAUUAUUAUUAUUUUAUUAUUUUUAAAAAAUAAGGUUGUGACGUUACCCAUGACCACAAGGUGGCCUUCCUGGUCAAAACUAACAAAUAAAUCUAAUUUGUAAUCAACUUAUACAAUAUUAGGUAACAACCUCUGAUAAGCCAUUAGAGGAUAGAAAUGAGAUCUAAGUUUAAUUUACACGCAUAGAUACAAAAUUAUUAUUUAUAAAGUUGUACUGAGGGUGCUGAGAAGCUUAACUCUCACCUAUAAGACAUGAGAGGAUUGUAGAGUUAAUUCAAUAGACAGUAGAAAAAGCAGAAGACAUAAUAUUAAUGCUCUGUCUGUAAUGCUAAGGAUAGCUCAAAUACGAAUACUGCCUAGACCAGUGUUGUCCAUCCCAGUCCUCAUGGACCACCAACAGUCCAGGUUUUGUCAGUAUCUCCAUUGGAAUAAAAUAGGGAAAUACAUUAAUCCUGGACUGUUUGUGGUCCAUGAGGACUAGGUUGGAGAACACUGGCCUAGACAACGCUAAAGGUCUUAGAUAAUCUUUCAAACUCUGUCUAAAUGAAAGCAGUGUCACCACCUCUCCAUAUCUAGUUACGCACCUUGAUCUCCCAGUCUCUGUAGGUCUACAUACCAUCUUUGUCUAGCAUAGUCUCAUCUUGCAACUGAAUGAUAAAAACACCCCUCUGGGCUGCUGGGAGUUGUUUUUUCUUCAUUUUACUUGAGGAUAGCACUUCUUUCUUUAUGACACAUUUGUUUCUCUUUGUUAUCUUUGUAAUUUGGCACCUGGACAUCCCUAUGCUAGAAAUAUAUAUAGUCCUGUAUAUUUUUGAGUGAGUAAUUUCACAACCUGCUUUCGUUAUUUUUUUUUUCUUCUUCCACAAUUAAUAUCAAUUCCAUUCCUAUUUUGCUGCCAUUCGUGGUCUGAGCCUUUCAGCUGACACCUAGCUGAUAUCAGAAUGUCAGGACAACUGCUAACAUUUACUGACUUUAUUACAUUUUUUACAGGCUCAAAUGCUGGACACCAUUGUCAGGGUCAAGGGUCUCAUGGCGACAAAUAAGGUAAAUGGUUUCUCGCUGAUUAUGGCACUUAAGAUUAUAAAGAGUUGUAACAUAGAUUAUUGGUGGGUACAACUGUGCAAUUAGGGCAAUGCACAAACUAUCUUACAAUGUACACAUAUUAACAAAAAAGAUCAUUAAAAAUAGUGUACAAGACAACGCUAGAUUAGAUGAGUCUGACAAAUUGAAGGCUGUUUCAAUGGACCUUCAUACACUGAUAGCAAGCGUGCGUUUAAUAUAUAGAAAAAUCAUUAUUUAUACUCUAUACUAAAAAAAUAAUUAGUAAAGGUGCAAAUUAAUAGAUAGAUCUAAACGAAUUACAAACACAAAGUGUUUGCCCAUACAGAACCAUCAACUCAAUGGCUGAACAGUGACAAUCUAAGAAGGAUCAGCUGUGGACAAAUUAGAAGGUUAAUAAACUAAAGGAUAUAAUAUAAUCGAUAAGGUCUGCCAUACUAGAGAAUACAUUUUUCUAUUGUAUAUUUUUUUCCGACAUUUAUUUCUUAAAUCCAAUGCAAGCAAUGCAUUUUAACAAUGGCUGUUUUCUGAUAAAAUAAAAUGACGAGCUAAUCAGAAACGAAAUGAGAAGUACAGAUAGAAUUUGAAUUAGAUAAGAAGAGACGUCAACGUCAUGGCUAUAGAUUUAUUGCACUAACAAAGGUAGAAAAUAAGUGAGUUUCCUAAAUGUAAAAAUCAAAGGUCAAUUUCUCUAUAUGACGUCUUUUAUAUAAACUUAAUUAAAUGUGAAUUUUUAUUGUCUGUAAAACGUAUAAGCUUAAGACCUUAUGACAGUGCUGUGUUAUCAGGGAUUUAAAUCCUACCUUUUACUAGUUUAUACAUCCAUUUACAAGGGUUGGUAACACCAAAGUUGCAUAACCAAAAAACUGCAAGAUUGCUUAUGAGUAGUGGGAAAAUUGGCACCUACGUAAGAGAGGAAAAAUGUUAAACUAGGAAAAAAAAUAUUCACCUAUGUGUACCAUAUAAUUUUCAUUUAGUCUUAUUCUGCUCAUUGUUCAGCCUCUUGAACUGCAUUACUUUUAUAAAAAUGCUAAUUAAAUAGGCGUCUCACAGUAGCAUGUUUGAAUAUCUCUAUUCUUUCAAAGCACUGCCUAUGAAACUUACAUUUGUAUUUAUACCCCCUUGAAAAGUUUAUAUUCAAAAGCGAGUUGCUAAAAUAUUUUACUAAAAGCAGUAGGCUUGAUCAAUACUAUUAUACUAACUCGAGUGGUAAAUAAUAUAAAUCAAAAGCUAUAUCCGCCAAUGACGUGACAUUUUGUGAUCUCCUGUGUGUCAUUCUGACAUUGCAUAUAUGCACUCAUAUCGAGGUUAAUGCUUCAUGCAAUAUAUGAAUUAUUCUAGGCUUCAGUGAGUUUCAGCUUUGGCACUUAAAAGUAGAAUAUUUCUACCUGUACUGGGAUGAUGCAGACAUUUAUAUCCUUAUCAUGAUACGUUGAUAUCACAAUUUUAUUGAAUUAUACACAGGAUUGUUCUUACAUAUUGUUCCUAUUUCAAUUUUUCUAUAAUUUGUAAAAACAGUUGAUAACUUGAAAAAAGUGAAUCAUUUUACAGGCCUUCUAUGUAUUAAUAAAUAGUCUCUCUUUCUUUUUACAGAUUUAA